UAUUCGCGCAUCGUGGAGCGUCACAGUAUCGUUUCCGACAGUCCAAUGUUAUAGGCAAGUUUGUGUGUGUAUCGCAACCAAUCAAUACUGUGAAUCUAAAGCUCAUUGUCAUUUUGCGCAUAAAAAGUGGCGAUUAUACAUGCAUAACGCUUCCAGAACUGCCACUGUUGGAAAUAUAUCUAUUCAUUCAAGAUGACGGUACCGUAACAUUGCAUGAUUAUAGUAAUAUAAGGCAAUGUUUGCGAGAGUUACUUUCUACCCUUCCCUGUUGUACAAUGUGUUGAUGGAGAAAGCAACAUCGCGGAAUUGGUAUGAUCGAAUCGACGAGCAUGUCAUACUGGGUGCCCUACCUUUCCGUUCGGUGGCACAAGACCUUAUACGCAAAGAGAAUAUAAAAGCGGUUGUGUCAAUGAAUGAAGAUUACGAACUGUGGGCAUUUUCAAAUAAUAAAGCCAAAUGGGCUAAGCUAGGAGUAAAAUUUCUGCAACUUGAAACAACUGAUAUUUUUGAAACACCUUGCCAAGACAAAUUAUGGCAGGGUGUAAACUUUAUCAAUCGAUUUCUACCUGAAACUGAAAAAAUACCUGAAUUAUCACUCACAAAUCAACCUUCUGAUGACCCUGGAUCUGUUUACAUACAUUGCAAGGCGGGUAGAACAAGAAGUGCGACGCUCGUGGGGUGUUACUUAGUUAUGAAGUACGGAUGGAGCCCCGAAGAAGCAGUUGGUCACAUGCGCGUUUGCCGUCCUCACAUCUUGCUUAGAAGUAAACAAUGGGAUGCCUUGCGCUUAUUUCACCAAACAAGAUGUACUUCAACUAAAAAAAAUUGGAUUGAAGAAUAAUGCGGAUAAUUAUUGCUUUGCUAAAACCUGCUAAGAUUUUUAUCAUUCAUCAUGAGAUUGGUAAAGGUAAUAAACACGUCCCUUAUCGGUUAAUCAAGUAAUAAUUAUUAUUUAGAACAGCAAAAAAAGUUUCAAUAAUUAAAUGAACUCUGGUCGAUAGAUGAGAUUCUGAUUCCUUCCGCUUGAAUGAGCUGCAAAGUUUUCAAAGUAUCGCAGUAACCAUUGACAGCCGGCGAGUGCAAACGAAACGAACAAUUUGAAAGAUUGAGAACUGUGUUACAGAUGGUCGAAACUUUAGAUGUUAGAGGUCAACUCCAACCGAACGGACACGUCUGCCGAAGAGAAUGUUGACACUGAAGGAGACGGUGCUAGCAGUGGAAAUAAUGAUUGAACCCCUGAAGAGACAGAGCCUAGCAGGACUCUAGCUAUUAUGUGCGUGCCAAGUAUUAGGGUAAAACAGCGGCCCUCGAAAAGACCACGAAGACAUAGAACAGCGAAAUAGACUCCUUUUCCAAUUUGUGGUACUCCAACCCCCUCCACUGUCCCCAACCCAGCAGCAGA